AUCGUCGCUCGCCGCUAGCCGAGGAAGAGGAGGAGGAGAUCGGACGCCGUCAGUAUUGGGACCAGCAAACAUUCCCCCACCCCUACGGCCACCCUUUCGAGGCCCGGCGUCAUGUCGACUAAAGCGGAGCAGUUUGCUUCCAAGAUCCGGUACUUGCAAGAAUACCAUAACCGUGUCCUUCACAACAUUUACCCCGUCCCCUCUGGAACUGACAUUGCAAACACUCUGAAAUACUUUUCUCAGACGUUACUAAGCAUUUUGUCCCGCACAGGGAAGAAGGAGAAUCAAGAUGCCUCCAAUUUGACAGUGCCCAUGACCAUGUGUCUUUUUCCUGUGCCAUUCCCACUCACCCCAUCUCUAAGACCACAGGUCAGUUCCAUCAACCCUACUGUUACUCGCUCCCUCCUUUACAGCGUCCUGCGAGAUGCUCCCACUGAACGCGGCCAGCAAAGUCGUGAUGCUCAGUUAUCAGACUACCCAUCUUUGGACUAUCAAGGACUAUACGUGACAUUGGUGACUCUGCUGGAUCUAGUUCCUUUGCUGCAACAUGGCCAACAUGAUCUUGGGCAGUCGAUUUUUUACACAACCACGUGUUUGCUCCCUUUUCUCAACGAUGACAUCUUGAGCACUCUGCCAUAUACAAUGAUCUCCACGUUAGCCACCUUUCCACCAUUUCUGCAUAAAGAUAUUAUAGAGUACUUGAGCACCUCGUUCUUGCCCAUGGCUAUAUUGGGCUCUUCCAGAAGGGAAGGAGUACCGGCUCAUGUCAAUCUUUCCGCAUCUUCAAUGCUAAUGAUUGCAAUGCAGUACACAUCAAAUCCUGUCUAUCAUUGUCAGUUACUAGAAUGCCUCAUGAAGUAUAAACAAGAAGUCUGGAAGGACUUGCUGUACGUAAUCGCCUAUGGCCCUUCUCAAGUAAAACCUCCUGCAGUACAAAUGCUUUUUCACUACUGGCCCAACUUAAAGCCCCCAGGGGCAAUAAGUGAAUACCGAGGACUGCAAUACACAGCAUGGAACCCCAUACACUGCCAGCAUAUUGAAUGCCAUAAUGCCAUUAACAAGCCAGCAGUGAAGAUGUGCAUAGAUCCUUCCUUAUCAGUGGCUCUGGGUGAUAAGCCACCCCCUCUCUACCUUUGUGAAGAAUGCAGCCAGAGGAUUGCAGGGGAUCACAGUGAAUGGUUGAUUGAUGUUCUUUUACCACAAGCUGAAAUCUCUGCCAUAUGUCAGAAGAAGAACUGCAGCUCGCAUGUCAGGAGGGCCGUCGUCACGUGUUUCUCUGCGGGCUGCUGCGGCCGCCAUGGGAACAGGCCUGUGCGCUACUGCAAGCGCUGCCACUCAAACCAUCACAGCAGUGAGGUUGGGGCGACAGCUGAGACUCACCUGUACCAGACAUCACCACCUCCGAUCAAUACCCGCGAGUGCGGGGCAGAGGAGCUGGUCUGCACCGUGGAAGCAGUCAUCAGCUUGCUGAAAGAGGCUGAAUUCCACGCUGAGCAAAGAGAGCAUGAGCUCAUCCGCAGACGGCAGCUGGGCCUAUCUUCUUCACAUCACUCUUUGGACAACACAGAUUUUGAUAACAAAGAUGAUGACAAGCAUGACCAACGCCUUCUAAGCCAGUUUGGAAUCUGGUUCUUGGUGAGCCUCUGCACUCCCAGUGAGAACACCCCCACGGAGAGCCUGGCUCGGCUUGUUAGCAUGGUCUUCCAGUGGUUCCAUUCCACAGCAUACAUGAUGGAUGAUGAGGUUGGAAGCCUAGUGGAGAAGCUCAAGCCCCAGUUUGUCACCAAGUGGCUGAAGACUGUGUGUGAUGUUCGGUUUGAUGUCAUGGUCAUGUGCCUCCUUCCUAAACCAAUGGAGUUUGCACGGGUGGGUGGAUACUGGGACAAGUCCUGUAGCACAGUGACUCAGCUGAAGGAAGGACUGAAUCGGAUCCUGUGUUUGAUACCAUACAAUGUAAUAAAUCAACCUGUGUGGGACUGUAUUAUGCCAGAGUGGCUGGAAGCCAUCAGGACUGAAGUACCAGACAAUCAGCUCAAGGAGUUCAGGGAGGUGCUGAGCAAAAUGUUUGACAUUGAGUUGUGCCCGCUCCCUUUCUCUAUGGAGGAGAUGUUUGGUUUCAUAAGCUGUCGGUUCACUGGAUAUCCUUCCUCAGUGCAAGAGCAAGCUUUGCUUUGGCUUCAUGUAUUAUCGGAAUUAGACAUCGUGGUUCCUCUUCAGUUGCUAAUCAGUAUGUUUUCUGAUGGGGUUAAUUCUGUGAAAGAACUGGCAAAUCAGAGGAAAUCUAGAGUCAGUGAGCUAACUGGCAAUCUUGCAGCACGAAGGGUGAGCAUUGCCUCCGAUCCAGGACGCAGGGUUCAGCAUAAUACACUGAGUCCCUUUCCAAGCCCAUUUCAGAGUCCCUUCCGCAGCCCCGUCCGCAGUCCCUUCCGCAGCCCCUUCAAGAAUUUUGGACAUCCUGGCGGAGGAGGAAAGACCAUUGACUUUGACUGUGAUGACGAGGAAAUGAAUUUGAAUUGUUUCAUCCUGAUGUUUGACCUCAUCUUGAAGCAGAUGGAGUUACAAGAUGAUGGAAUCACCUUGGGCUUAGAGAACAGCAUCUCCAAAGAUAUCAUUUCUAUCAUCAACAAUGUGUUCCAGGCCCCCUGGGGUGGCUCACAUACCUGCCAAAAAGAUGAGAAGGCUGUUGAAUGUAACCUGUGUCAAUCUAGUAUCUUGUGCUAUCAGUUGGCUUGUGAACUACUGGAGAGACUUGCCCCCAAAGAAGAAAUCAGACUAGUGGAGCCUACAGACAAUCUAGAGGACAGCCUUCUCUAUUCCAGACCAGAGUUCCUCAUAGGACCUGAAGGGGAAGCCGAGAACAAGUCAGCACCAAAGCAUGGAGAAAACCCAGGAAAUCACACAGAGGCCACAGAAAAUACAGCCAUCAAAAAUGACACCGAGAGGAAAUUCUGCUACCAGCAGCUCCCAGUGACCCUGAAACUCAUAUAUACAAUAUUGCAGGAGAUGGCACGGUUUGAAGAGCCAGACAUUCUUUUCAAUAUGCUGAACUGCUUGAAGAUUCUCUGCCUUCAUGGAGAGUGUUUAUACAUUGCAAAGAAAGACCACCCACAGUUCUUAGCCUACAUUCAGGAUAAUAUGCUGAUUGCCAGCUUAUGGAGAAUCGUGAAAUCAGAAUUCUCCCAGCUUUCUUCACUGGCGGUGCCCCUCCUUCUCCAUGCUCUGUCGCUUCCACAUGGAGCUGAUAUUUUCUGGACAAUCAUCAAUGGCAACUUCAACAGCAAAGACUGGAAGAUUAGGUUCGAAGCAGUGGAGAAAGUAGCAGUGUUGUGUCGCUUCCUGGAUAUUCACUCAGUGACCAAGAACCACUUACUGAAAUAUUCCUUGGCACACGCCUUUUGCUGUUUUCUGACUGCUGUGGAGGAUGUCAACCCAGCUGUGGCCACCAGAGCAGGACUUCUGCUGGAUACCAUUAAAAGGCCAGCUUUGCAGGGCCUAUGCCUUUGCCUUGAUUUCCAGUUCGACACAGUUGUGAAGGACAGGCCUACAAUUCUUAGCAAGCUUUUGUUGCUUCAUUUUCUCAAGCAAGACAUUCCAGCUCUAAGCUGGGAAUUCUUUGUGAAUCGAUUUGAGACCCUUUCUCUUGAGGCACAGCUUCACGUGGACUGCAACAAGGAAUUCCCCUUCCCAACGACAAUCACAGCUGUGCGGACGAAUGUUGCCAACUUAAGCGACACAGCAAUGUGGAAGAUCAAGAGGGCCCGGUUUGCCCGGAAUCGACAGAAGAGUGUGCGUUCUUUGAGGGACAGUGUGAAGGGUCCGGUGGAGUCCAAGAGGGCACUUUCUCUUCCAGAAACCUUGACGUCCAAAAUCCCUACAAGGCUGACCAGACAUGAACAAUCUGCUCCAGCACUUGGUGGGACACCAGAACAAACACAAGGGCAACCCUCUCCAGAGAAUGAUAACACCAUAAAGGACCUUCUUCCAGAGGAUGCUGGCAUUGACCAUCAGACUGUCCACCAACUCAUUACUGUGCUGAUGAAGUUUAUGGCAAAGGAUGAGAGCAGUGCAGAGUCCGACAUCAGCAGCGCCAAAGCCUUCAACACCGUCAAGCGCCACUUGUACGUCUUGCUGGGCUAUGAUCAACAGGAUGGAUGCUUCAUAAUUGCACCUCAAAAAAUGCGCAUUUCAACAUGUUUUAAUGCUUUUAUUGCAGGGAUUGCCCAAGUGAUGGACUAUAAUAUCAACCUGGGAAAGCACCUCCUCCCUUUGGUGGCGCAUGUGCUGAGGUACUCUGCAUGCCCUCAGCUCAGGCAUUACUUCCAGCAGCCUCCCCGCUGCUCCCUGUGGUCCCUCAAGCCUCACACCCGGCCGAUGUGGCUGAAGGCAUUGCUGGUCAUCCUGUAUAAGUAUCCUUACAGAGACUGUGACAUCACCAAAGUCAUGUUGUAUCUCAUCCAUAUAACAGUCAACACACUAAAUGCCCAGUAUCACAGCUGCAAGCCUCAUGCCUCAGCAGGUCCUUUGUACAGUGACAACAGCAACAUAAGCAGAUACAGUGAGAAGGAAAAAGAGGAAGACAGUGUCUUUGAUGAAUCUGACAUUCAUGAUACACCAACUGGAACAGGCAAUAAAGAGUCACAAACUUUCUUUGCAAGGCUGAAAAGAAUUGGGGGCAGCAAAAUGGUGAAAUACCAGCCAGUUGAUAUGAAUGCUCAGAGAAGUGAAAUAGAACUGGCUGAAUACAGAGAAACUGGUGUAUUGCAAGACAAUAUUCUGCGCUGCGUGAGAGAAGAAAGCAUUCAGAAAAAGAAACUGCGCUCUCUAAAACAAAAAUCUCUUGACAUAGGAAAUGCAGACUCCCUGUUGUUUACAUUAGACGAGCACCGUCGGAAGUCAUGCAUAGACCGCUGUGAUUUGGAGAAGCCACCUGUCACCUCUGCUUAUACCACACUGAGGCAGAAUGAUUAUGGACGACCUCGGCAAAAUUCCUCCACCAAGGCAGAAGAGGAGGAUGUGGGGGAGAAGGAGAGCCCCGCUAUCAUCCCAGAGAAAAUCCAUGCAAGGCGGAAACCUAUAAUACCAGAAGUCAGGUUGAACUGCAUGGAACCAUACGAAGUGAAAGUAGAUUCCCCAGCUAAAUCCCUUCCUCCUAAGGAGGACUUAGAUCUCAUAGACCUUUCCUCUGAUUCGACAUCAGGGCCUGAGAAGCAAUCUGUUGUUUCCAAUUCAGACAGUGAUUCUUUGGUGUUUGAGCCUCUCCCGCCUCUCAGAAUAGUGGAAAGUGAUGAAGAAGAAACAGAUGUCACAAGCCAGCUGAAUGAGGGUGUCCCAGUCAAGUCGGCUGUUUCCUCCCCAUCAAGUCCAACCAGCAUCUCUGUGCUCAGUUUCAGCUUAACCCCCUUGGUACAGUUCAGCAUUGAAGACUGCUCCAAAGAUGCCACCCCUUCUGCAACUAGUGCUGUUGUGUCAUUUGCUGAAGAUGAUGUGCCCUCCACUGUCCCCGAAGCUGUAAAAGAUAUUGCUGAGUUAGACAAACCAGAAGAGGUUCCAGGGGCACCCACUGGCAGCCCUCUGACGCUCAAGCAGAAACGUGAUCUUCUGCAAAAGUCCUUUGCUCUUCCAGAGAUGUCCAUUGAUGACAACUCUGAGUUAUACAUAGAAGAAAACAAACCUCCAGGCCCCUUACCCAGUUCAAGUGGGAAAACCGUCUUCAUUAAGGUCCCUGAGGAUUCUGAGAACCAAACAGAAAGUGAUAAGCAGGACGCCAGUGCAGAAUCUGAUACAGAACAGAAGCAGGAAGAAGAAACGGAAGAGUCAGAAUUUAAGAUCCAGAUUGUUCCCAGGCAGAGGAAGCAAAGAAAGAUCGCUGUGAGUGCCAUCCAGAGAGAAUACCUUGAUAUUUCCUUCAACAUCUUAGACAAGCUGGGCGAGCAGAAAGAGACAGAUGCUUCAGGAAAAGCACUUUCAACCCUAGAAAUGCCGAGGGAAUCUUCUUCUGCACCAACACUUGAAGCGGGCGCACCGGAGACAAGUAGCCACGCGUCCAUAUCAACUCAGUUCCGACAGAUGAAAAGGGGUUCUCUGGGAGCACUGACCAUGAACCAGCUAAUGAAGAGGCAGCUGGAGCACCAGUCUAGCGCUCCCCAUAAUAUUAGCACAUGGGACACUGAACAGAUACAGCAUGGGAAGAGGCCGUGCAAUGUCUCAGUUUGCAUAAACCCUGACCUGGAGGGACCACCACUAAGAAUAAGAGGUGCCACAAAAUCCAGCCUGCUAUCUGCACCUAGUAUUGCUAGCAUGUUUGUACCAGCACCAGAAGAUUUUAUUGAUGACCAGCCUACAAUGAUGACGGACAAGUGCCAUGACUGUGGAGCCAUCCUGGAAGAGUACGAUGAAGAAACAUUAGGUCUGGCCAUAGUGGUUCUCUCCACAUUUAUUCACCUCAGCCCAGAUCUGGCUGCCCCGUUGUUGCUGGAUAUCAUGCAGUCUGUAGGAAGAUUGGCUUCAAGCACCAAUCAAGCAGAAAGCAUGAUGAUCCCAGGAAAUGCUGCAGGAGUGGCCAAGCAGUUUCUCCGUUGCGUUUUCCACCAGCUGGCUCCCAAUGGGAUAUUCCCCCAGCUGUUCCAGAGUGACAUCAAAGAUGGAGGCUUUUUACGGACCUUGGCCACGUCUCUUAUGGAUUUCAGUGAGCUGAGCUCAAUUGCUGCCUUGAGCCAGCUCUUGGAGGGCUUAAACACCAAAAAGAAUUUGCCAGCAGGUGCUGCCAUGUUGCGCUGCCUGGAGAACAUUGCCACUUAUAUGGAAGCUUUGCCGAUGGAUUCCCCAAGCAACCUCUGGACCACCAUCAGCAACCAGUUCCAGACCUUCUUUACGAAGCUGCCUUGUGUCUUGCCUCUGAAGUGUUCUUUAGAUUCCAGUUUAAGGAUAAUGAUCUGCUUGCUGAAGAUACCCACCAGCAGUGCUGCCAGGAGUUUGUUGGAGCCAUUUUCAAAACUGCUGAGCUUUGUCAUUCAGAAUGCUGUCUUCACCUUGGCAUAUUUGGUAGAACUGUGUGGUUUAUGCCACAGAGCUUUCACAAAGGAACGGGAUAAAUUCUACUUAUCCCGCAGUGUCAUCUUGGAGUUACUGCAGGCUCUGAAGCUCAAGUCUCCUUUGCCAGAUACAAACCUGCUGCUCUUGGUCCAGUUUGUUUGUGCAGAUGCUGGAACAAAGCUUGCAGAGUCAAUGAUCUUGCACAAGCAGAUGAUAGCUUCGAUUCCUGGGUGCGGAACUGCAGCGAUGGAAUGCAUGAGGCAGUAUAUUGGGGAAGUUCUGGAUUUCAUUGCGGAUAUGCAUACUUUGACCAAACUGAAGAGUCAUAUGAAAACAUGUUCCCAGCCACUGCACGAGGACACCUUUGGCGGACAUCUCAAGGUUGGCUUAGCUCAGAUCGCUGCAAUGGAAAUCUCACGUGGCAACCACAGGGAUAACAAAGCUGUGAUUCGCUACCUGCCUUGGCUGUACCACCCUCCAUCUGCAAUGCAACAGGGGCCUAAAGAAUUCAUCGAGUGUGUUUCUCAUAUCCGGUUGCUCUCCUGGCUCUUGUUGGGGUCACUGACACAUAAUGUCGUCUGUCCGAAUUCCCCUUCAGUGUGUAUGCCUAUCCCGCUGGAUGCCGGCUCACAUGUAGCUGAUCAUCUAAUUGUGAUCCUGAUUGGGUUUCCAGAGCAGUCCAAGACAUCCGUACUGCACAUGUGUUCCCUCUUUCAUGCCUUUAUAUUUGCUCAGUUGUGGACUGUAUACUGUGAACAAGCAGCGGUUGCUCCCACAGUCCAGAACCAGAAUGAAUUUAGCUUUACAGCCAUCCUUACAGCUUUGGAGUUUUGGAGCCGAGUGACACCGAGUAUCCUGCAGCUGAUGGCACAUAACAAGGUGAUGGUUGAAAUGGUGUGUUUGCAUGUGAUCAGCUUAAUGGAAGCUUUGCAGGAAUGUAAUUCAACUAUUUUUGUCAAGCUCAUCCCCAUGUGGCUGCCAAUGAUUCAGUCCAACCUAAAGCAUUUAUCUGCUGGGCUGCAGCUCCGCCUGCAAGCGAUUCAGAACAAUGUGAACCACCAUGGCCUUAGGAUGCUGCAAGGAUCAGUCCAGAUGAACAUGAACUCCUCUGUCCUCCGCAAAUGGCUGCAGUGUACCCAGUUUAAGAUGGCUCAGGUGGAAAUCCAGUCAUCGGAAGCAGCAUCUCAGUUUUAUCCAUUAUGAAUAGGGCGGAGUGUUCUGAAAUCUUCAGUUCAGUCUAGCAAUAAUAGGGCUAAAGCUAUAAUACUAAAGGCCAUCUUUUAAGAGUAUAUAACAGUACUGUAGCUACAUUUUUUCUUUGUCUCGUAGAUGUGUACAAAUAGGUGAAAUGGCUUAAAAAUAGCUUUAAAAAAGUACAAACACAAGUACAUUUUUGUUCAUGUGACUAAAUGGCCCAUAAAAUGUAUGGGGCUGAA